AUGCCGCUGACGCACUCGAUGUCGUCGCGCGGGCUCUUGGGCCUCAGUUCCAAGCGCAGCCCCAAAAAAUCGGAUCUCUCGAGUGCCAGCGGCGACCUCGUGACGCGCGAGGCGUCGACAGUCACGGGGUUUCUCCUCGGCAUCCUCGAGUCCGCCGCCAAAACCAAGGACACGACGCCUGCCAAGGUCCCGAACGCACUCCUCCGACGCAACUCGCCCGUGAAGCUCACGCGAGGUCUCUCGCGGACAGCGUCGCCAGCCUAUUUGGCCAUGCCCAUGACCGACCCCGAAGGUGACAUGGGCGCCGACGUGCCAGCGAUUGUCGAGCUGCUCACCAAGCAGCGCUAUUGCCUUGAUGCGCAGAUGAAGGGCAUUGCCCAGCUCCUUCGGCGUCUCAGGCACGACGAUGCAGCAACGUACCAAGCGUUCGCGUCUCUGGGUGGCCUUGCGCUCCUGCUGCUUGCGAUGCGAGAGUUUCGCUUCAACGCACCGCUUCAAACGGAAAUCGCCCAAGCGCUGAGUCUCUUUUGCAAAUUCUCGGACGACUACGUCGAGCUGCUCCUCAAGGAGUGUCCAAUGGCGCUGAUUGCCAAGACGAUGGCGCUGCACCCAAAGGAGGAGCACUUUCUGCUGCACAUGUCGGUCGUGCAAGCGAGCUUGAAACACCACAAUACGGAGCAGAACCACCAGAUUGUCUACUUCAACGACCACCGACCGGUCGCGGCCGACGUCAUUCCAACGACACUGCCUCGAAAUCCACCGCCGACGAUUAGCACCACUUAUCGCCCACCACUGUGGCUACCGUCCGAGACAACGUGCAGCAAACACCACCAUGAAGCGUUCGACCUUGACGAGCCGCCUCCCUUGUACGCACCGGCGCUAAGCAACAAGUCCAUCCGCCUCGCCGAGCAAAGCCGAACGCCAACGACGUCCAACUCACCGCUGCGACGCGUGCUCUCAACGCCCAAAAUGCCGCACUUGAGCUCUGACUGCGCGCUGAGCGACCGACCAGAGACACCGGUGGUCGACGUGCCGCGGGCCACCACCGUGCCGCUCGUCGCCGUGCGCCAGUGGGCACCCGACGAGUGCCACCCACGCACGGCCGUCGGGUACAAGCGGCAGUUUGCAGAGCCGCAUACAAAGUCGACGCCGACACUCGGGGCGUACAAAGCGCUGCCGCUCUUUGUCGAGCCGAUUGCACUCGCCGCGCGCAUGCACGUGCCGCCGGACGCCAAGGCCAAGCGGCCUCGGUCUCUGCGAAACCCCACAGAGUUCGUAUUGUCGCCACCGUCGUCCGUGGUCGCACCACCCAGCGACGUUCGAAAGGAUGCGGUCUCGCCGCCCAAGCACAACCCCACGUCAUUGCAGGAGCACCACGCUGCCAUGACGCUGCAGCGGUACUUUCGGCGCAACGUACUCACACCCGCUCAGGUGCAGACGGCGACGCACACCCAGCCCCGCGAAGUCGAAAACAGCGCCGCGCUGAGCGCUGCGUACGAAGCGCGCGAGUCAGAAACUGCGCGCCUUCGCACGAUCCAAGUCCACUACUGCAAGGGCCUCGCUCACCAAGAAGCGGGCGAGUGGGAGCUUGCGGAAGAGAGCUAUGCACUUGCCCUCGACGUACCGACGAGUGUCGCGUUUGUGACCAUUCGCGUCAACCUCGCGAGCGCGUGCUUGAGUCAAGGCAAGUUUGCCGACGCCCAGCACAUCCUCUCGUCGGCCAUCGCGAUCGCACCGACAUGCGUACCGGCCUUGUACAACCAUGGGCUCGCCGACUGGCACAUGGGCGAGCUGCGCGCGGCAGUGACCAAGUUUAUAAAGGUUCUGACGCUGGCGCCGUCCCACGGCAAGGCUAUCUACGCGCUGCACAUACUCAAGACCAAGUUUAAGAUCCCCAUACACGAAUAA